CUUCAGCCUCGUAGCCCCACUCACUCACCGGCCCUAGCUUCCCUUCUUCUUCGUCUCGUCUUCUUCUUCUUCGUAUCUCAUUCUGUCUGCUCUUCUCCGUGCUGAACCAGAUGGCGAAGGCGAGGAGGCGUCGCGUGCCGGCGUUCGGGGAGUGGAACUACAACUACCACCACGACGAGCCGGAGGCGACAGCGGCACUUCCGCCGGCCGCGUGCAACGCCACGCCGGAGCCGGAGGCCUGCAGCGACGUGUGGUUCAGGUACUCGCCGCCCCCGCGCAAACCCACGCCCAAGAAGCAGGCGAGGAGGCGGCCCGAGGGCGACGUGUCCCGGGAGCGUUCCAAGGCGUCCAGGGACGCCGCCGCGGCCAAGAGCGGCGGCUCCAGGCGGGUGGUGCGGCCAGUCAACGGGGACCUGUACCAGGUGCCACCGCCGGAGCUCGCCCCCCACCGGGCGCCGAGGAAGACAGGGAGCCUGUGGAUGGGAUGCCUGGGCCUCAGCUCAUGCGUCCACUGAACCCAACAUGUCCUGAUGGUCGAUGGGAUGCUGCGUCCUGCGUGCGUCUUCAUCGCCAGUGUUUAUUUGCCCUUUCUGUUGGAUAUACACUACUAAUCCCGUCCAGUUGGUAAUGUAGGUGGUUCUAGAACCUCGAAGUAAUUUUUAUUACGUUCAUGUGCUUUGUAUUUCCGGUGAAGUUUGAUAAUAGUAGAUCUAAAUCAUU